AUGGGCGCCAUCUCAGCCGUCUUUCUCGUCCUCAUCACCAUCCUUGUCCCGCCCAUCGGCGUCUACGCCGUUGCUGGCUGUGGAAUGGAUCUCCUCGUCAACAUCUGCUUGACGGUUCUCGGAUACCUCCCCGGCCACAUCCACGCAUUCUAUGUCGAAUACAUCUACUACGACCGUCGCGAGCAGGCGCGGGAGGGCCGCAUAGUAACCGGUCGCGCUCCGGGUGUCUACAGCGACAGAGUUCAGAGUGGCGGCCAAGGCUAUGGAACGAUUGCCCAGGGAACCGCCUAG